AGUGGUGUACCUACAGCUGUGCCGUAAACGCGAUUAUGUUUCGUCGCUGGCAAACCCAUUCAGUGCUCCUUACGGCACGAAACAACUUGGUACUGCCGUUGCAAACGUUUCCACGCCACGCCAUUCGACUGCAGUGACUCCGCAAUCGUAUCCGGCUGCGGAGAAGAGGAAAUCGAGCGCGGAUGCGCUCCAACAGCCCAGCUUUAACCACGAUCACGUGCACGAGCAAGUCUCGUUCUAGAAAGUGUUUGUUUUCGGCGCGGAGGAUUAGAACCGCGUGUGGACGCCGCUUCCGUACCACGGACGGUUCCGUGCCAGUUGUUACGACGCGAUAAUGUGAAAAUUAUUCCUGAUACGCGUUACGCUUCGCGUUAGGCUCCCGUGGAUACUCGAGUCUGCUGCUUGAAGAAACAAAAAAAGAAAAAAAAAAAAUAAAGAAAAAGAAAAAAAGGACCGAUCGAGGGUGCACGUACGAUGCAGCUAUUUCUCCGUGGGAUCGAAACAUUUGGAGUUAACGAGAGGCCGACUACGAGAGCGUAGAACAAUUUCUAUCGUUAGAAUUGUAGGACGAAGGAGGACGACGAAAAUAUUCCGUGUAACCAAAUCGAGAUAUCGAAGACAUUCGUACGCGUAACGAGCAUCCUUGCGUCGUAAAACGCUGUCCACGGAGGAAAUGGAUGGAGGCACAUACGCGAGGAUGACUUAACGAUGAUCGUAAAAAGUCGACGCUGGUAACUGAUUUGCAGAAGCGGAACCAGCGAGAACGAUGGUAUACAGAGGCAGUUUGCAGACCGACGAUCCCAGGGAUGCACCGAAGCUGGUCAGGAUGUCACCGCUGAGAACCAGCAGGCCAAAUAAUCCUGUGUCCAAUUCACGAGCAGCUUCCUCCGUUAAUAGUCCGAUAUACCACGGUCCGUUUGUGCCAGCAAUCGACGUUCAUCGAGCUAAAUUGAUCGAUGAAAGACGUUUGGCUCGUGAAAGGGACAUCGAGUCCAUGCAAAAGGUCAUUAUGAGGACGACCGGUGUUAAGGUCGGCGCGCCAAGGCUACGAAACAUCAGUCAGAUUCGAGACACGGUGUUCGUCGAUCCGGCACUGAUACCGAUGGAAAAGAUCGGUCGAACGGAGAAAGAUCGACCGAGAACCAUCGCCAUCGACGGUUCCAGUAGAUCGGUCAGAACGCAGAGCUCUAUGUUGGCCGAUUUGAAAGAUUUAGAGAGACUGAGGAACACGCCACCGGCUCAAAGGUGUCCCAGAGUGGCGACGAAGAACGAAACGAAAUCUUCCCCGUCCAACAAGAAGACGGAACUCUCAAGCUCGGCGAAAAUUCGAUCGGAUAUUUUCAAGAUACAACAGAUGUUCCAAACUCCUGAUGGCUCCCCAAGGACCGGGGUGAAAUGCUCCAACGAGAAGAAGUUCGAAAAAAGAUACGAGAUCGAAAAAGUCGAGAGGAAAGCCGGGACGGAAAUUAAUAAAACGAGAUUACUCGCACAGAAACUGUUGGAGGCGUCUCGAAGUAACCGGGAAUCACUGAAAGAUCGAUACAAUAAUCCGAGGAAUGCGUCGAACCUGAGAGCAGGUAAGGAAGUUAACGGCAGGGUGUCGAGUAAAGUAUCGCAGAAGAUUAGCGUGGAUUCCAAGCAACCGGAGAAAGGAAAAAGCCUCGCUGUGUCCGAGGAAGUACAUCCACGACCUCCGGUUCGACGAAGAAAAGAGUCAAAAAAUAGGCGUAGCAGCGACACGCACGUGAAUGCCACUGUUGCCGACAAUACCGUGACGAACGAUAUCGUUCCAGAGGAUUCGAAGAAUAUCACGACCACGGAGAAAGAAAUCGAAGCAUCGUCGAACGACGACGAUCAUUCGAAUGUCGCUAAUGCCACGGCAGAUUCCAAGAUCAAAGCGAAGGAGCUCGAUAGACCGGACAUCCUGGACGGUUUGUUGAAAGAGUCUGACCAGCAACUGGCAGAUCUGAAAUUGGACUUGCACGAGAGAAGAAGAUCACGAAGUCAUUGGCGAGGGUUCGUGCAAUCGAUGAGGCUACACGAUGUUGAACUCCAUUCGGACAGCGAGGAUCAGCGAAAAGACCUGAAUUUAUGGAACAAGAGUAUCAGUCAACGAUGGAGGAAAUUGAGAAGGAGAUGUUCAGUUCAGGAAACUUCGGAACCUCAGGAGGCUCUGAUACAAGGCGGAACGACCCAGGGGGUUAUUCAACCAGUGAGGUCCAGCCCGACUAGCAGAGAGUCUUCACCUGCUGCCAAAAGUCUUCAGGAUGGCAGUUCACCGAAGAAAUUGUUACAAACUAGCUCCUUAAGACUGCCAGGUACCACCAAGGGUAUCGCUGACAUUCAGCACGUGUUACGAAGCAAAUUCAGUAAGAUAAACGCUGGCAUCCGAAAGAGGAAGGCUCUGAGCGUGACGGAGGUGUUCUCGCAAAAGGAUAACGCGUCGAAUUUCUACGUACCCAGUCCCUUGACCUCGUCGAGUAGUCAAAACUUUGACGGAGAAUACGAUUCUAGCGAACCGACUUCCCUUCCACCUUAUCCUUUCCAUGACAAUCUCGAAACGCUGGCAGAGGGCAGCGUGCCAAAUUCUCCGAAUUGCAGCAGCCCAUUGACCAACAACAACAAGACGUUCACGUAUUCACAGAGUAGCAGCGCUUAUGAUUCUCCGGUACUGAGUCACGAUCAUAGCCAAAAGGACGCGUACGAGAACGUACUGUACUCCAAUUCGUCUCCCGGUUGUUGCCCAAGGUCCAGGGGAAUAUUACAACGGAGCAAUUCCGAGAAUCGUGACGCUGGCAGACAGCAGGAUCACUCGUACGAAAAUAUUCGUUUCCAGCGAGGUCAUAGGUCAGAGCUGACACCAUCCGUCACCCCCCAUUCCGACAGGCAUCUGGCGAGGAGCAACUCAGAGACGAGGGAUCAUCAUUCGUACGAGAACGUCCACUUCCAAAAGAACUUGAAGCAUAGAAAUCAGUCUGACUCGUCGUUCGAGGAGAUUCACAUACCGAGGGUGACGCCCAGAAAGAGGGUGACCGACUUCAAAGUCGGUGGACAGGUGAACAAUUAUUCCAACGGACCUGGUUCCCCGUGUAUGAAUAAAGAAGAAGGGCCGUCCAGCUUGGGAGCUGAUAGAAGCCCUGGUAAGAAGACAACCAGACGAAUGAACAGCAGAAGCGUCGCCAAUAUUCCUAGUUCCUCCGGCGCCGGUUUGAAGACCUGGCAAGGUACGCAAGAUACGGACGAAGGCCUGAAUACCGACUCCGAACUCGAAGACAUCGACGAAGCUGGCGAGGGUGAAGAGUCGAGAUUCUGCACCCUACCAAGGCCAGGCAAGGGUGGCGCGUCAUUCACGAUACUGACAGCCAGAUUUCUAAAAGGUCCUGGACACAAAGGACUUGGUUUCAGUAUCGUCGGCGGUACAGAUAGUCCUCGAGGGAAUAUGGGAAUCUACGUGAAGACAGUCUUUCCUAAUGGCCAGGCUGCUGAUCUUGGAACCGUCAAAGAAGGGGACGAAAUUUUGUCGAUAAAUUCGAAACCUCUUCACGGUAUGACGCACGCCGAAGCGAUCGCCGAGUUCAAGUCCGUGAAAGCCGGGGACGUGGUACUGCACGUUGGACGUCGCGUCAACAGAAAGAAAAGAGACUCCUUGACAUUACCACCUGCCGGCCCGGCACCGCGUCAACAAGUCAAGUGAAUCGUUGAUCUCCUAUCGCAUUCCGUGUGAAAAUAUUACGUUUCUGUUUCGUAUCUAAGCGCUUCGGAUGCGCGCGAACAAAGAAUUCCGAUUUUUCCAAGGACCAUAGCCUAUGUCUGCUAAGAUAUUUUCCUUCUAUUAGGUACUGUUAAUGAUGUGAGCGGGUCUGCGUUGACCCUGCGCAACAACGAACCAAUCUCAUUUUUCACCAUUUUUUGGUAACCAUCUCGGUUGUGCACGUGCGUUUCAGAAUGUGUUCGGCAUAGCAUCGCUUCGUGAGAAGAUAUCGCGAGGAAGAUUACAUUUUGCAUUUGUUAUUUUAGCGUUUAUUGUUCGAGGCCCUCUGCGUCGACGGUGAUGCGAUUAAAAAGUGCCAGACGGUUACUCAUUUCGGCGCCAAUUCGUCGCGUAUUUGAACGUCUCGCGGCGAAAGCAGUUCAAAGCGAUGAACCGGAGAAGUGUACGAUAUACCGACAAGGCGGUGCUGUUGAAAGAGGCUUAAGCUCGUGUCUGUCUCCCCGGAAGUAUUUUCGAAAAUCCAAUGGUAAAUUUAUCGGGAGAGGUUCCUACUUUUUGCCAAUAACAAAGAUCCUAUGAUCCUUCGAAUAGAAGAGGCAAAGCGAGAUGUCUCGAGGUGAAGAUAGCCGACGAGCUAUAGACAAAUCAAAGAUGGUAUAAUCUUAUAAUAUCCUUCUAUUUACUCGUAUUCGAUGUAUCAAUAUAUCUAAUCUCGAUAACGUUUAAUUGUUCCAUUAAUAAUCACUGAAGUUACUACUAGCGUUAUCAGCUGUUUAAGGCUCUAGCCUUUCUACUUUUUUCUCGUAUUCAACUUUUUACAAGCAUAGAGCGUAUUUUUGUCAAAAUUUAUUCACGUUUUAAUCCUCGCACGGAGUCUAUUUUUUCAAAGUGAUCUCGAUGUUGAAAUAACGAAACCGCGCGAACACGGACAAGCGAAGAAUCCGCGUCCUCCGGUUCGUGUAGCUAACAAAUUACCAUUUAUUUUUGUAACGCGUGUGAGUCGUCAUGAGAGAGAACGAAAUCUGUCGCACGAAACAUCGAACGUACGUUGAUCUAUCAACGAAUUGAGAGAAAACAAAGCUAAAGGAAAGCAAAUGUAAAAGAGCGAUGCUCUUGUCGUUCAGGGGCGCUGCAAUCUCUGAAAUGGCCUGAUCGAAGGGACGCGCAUAACAGGAUGUCCAAUUUUCCACGUUGCCGCGAGCAAGGUUCGAAUUAUUUUUUAACUACCUUUGCAUAGAGUAACGAUGAUCGCCCAAAGAUGAAACCCAAAAAAUAUUUUUACUACGAGAAGAACGAGUCGUGUUAAACGGAGAAACGCAUAUCUAUAGAUUAGGGUGUAUAUAUAUAUAUGUAUACACACGUAUAGUAUAUAUAUAUACACACACACGUAUGUAGAAAUAUAUAUUUUGACGAAUCGAAUGAGAUACGUUUAUUUUAAGGCAAAGAAAUUGUUAUUAGUAUCUAGUCCAUCUAUAAUAUCUUCCGUUUCAUCAGAAACAUUUCGAUUCUUUUCUUUCCUUUUUUACUCUUUCCUCUUAUCUUAUUAUAGGUAUCGAUAUUGGGAAAAUAAGCGAGAAAGAAAAAAAAAUAAAUAUAUAUAUAUAUAUACACAUACAUAUACCUAUCUAUACGGUGAUAUAAGUAUAAUUAUAUAUUUCUUAUAUCGAUUUUUCAAAGUGUAAUGAAGCCAACGUGAGCGAUCAAUAAAUUGGACUUGAAGGUA